UUCAGCCCCCUCACCUACACGCACCACCACUUUAACAACAAAUUCCACUUCACCUUCAGUAACCAGCUUAUCUGUCACCUCCUCAACUCCACGCACCAUGGCAGCAACCACUGUCAUGGCUUCAGGCACCUCAGUAACGACCCACACUCCUCCACUCACCUCACAAAACAGUUCAACAACAGUGGAUGCCACUUCUCCUGCAAACAACUCACACACAGACAAAACCACCAACAAGACUACAGACCCUCAGACAAAUGCCUUACCUCCAAACACCACGUCCACCACAGUGAAUCCUACCACCAAAGCCACUCCACCAUCAACUCCGCAGUGUGAGUAUCAGU